AACCCCUCCUCCGCCGUCCAACCCUCCAUGGAGGGUGAGAAACCGCUCUCCGCUCUUCAUCAUCAUCUGCUGAAAAGUGCGAGCGGGGAGCGGUAACAAAAUGCCAACUCGGGCCGCUCUCCCUCCGCCGCAGACAUGAGCUCGGCCGCAGGCCCCUCUUCUAUCCGCACCCGCAACAAGUCGCUCUCACCAUGCGGAUCCACUGCAGAGUAGUUGUGAUCGCCGUGUGUUUUGGAGUUUUCCUACUUCUGUACUUCUUGGGGGGGAACGGCGGCGCGGACGAGCCGCUGCUGAAAGAAGUUGGAGGGGAUCGGGAGUUGGAGGAGGAUGGCAGAUCCCCUCCUUCGCUCUCCGACUAUCUGGGAAGCGAUGCCGUGGCAAAGUUGGCCAGAAAAUCAUCCGCGGUAGUCGGUGAACGUGGGGGACGAAAAGAGCGCAAGGCGACUGGAAGAAGGGGCAGCGUGAAUGCAAAGAGUAAAUUUCUGGGUAACAUGAUCCGACCUGUUACCAGGAGCAGGCGGGUUGAGGACAUCAUGCACUUGGCAGUGGUGGCUUGUGGGAAUCGUCUGGAUGAGACCCUCACUAUGCUGAAGUCGGCCCUGCUGUUCAGCCUGAAGAAGAUCAAGUUUCACAUUUUUGCGGAGGACCCCUUGGCCCCUCAGUUUGAAGAAAGGCUUAACCAGUGGCCUCAGUCCAUCUCAGCCAGAUUCCAGUACAGCAUCUACCCCAUCUCCUUCUCUGUGGGCGACGCUGAGGAGUGGAAGAAGCUCUUCAAGCCUUGUGCUGCUCAGAGACUCUUCCUCCCUGUAAUCCUGAAAGAUGUGGACUCGUUGCUUUACGUGGACACUGAUGUUCUGUUCCUGCGGCCCAUGGAUGAUAUCUGGAUCUUGUUGAAGUCCUUCAAUAGAACCCAGCUGGCAGCAAUGGCUCCAGAGCACGAGGUGCCCAAGAUCGGCUGGUACAGUCGCUUCGCCCGGCACCCUUUCUACGGAGUCACGGGGGUCAACUCUGGCGUAAUGCUGAUGAAUCUAACGAGGAUCCGCAGGACGCUGUUUAAGAGUAGCCUGAUUCCCGGUGGUUUGUCAUGGGAGGAUCUUCUCCAUCCACUUUACCAGAAGUAUAAGAACCACAUCACCUGGGGAGACCAGGACCUCCUCAAUAUUAUCUUCCAUUACAACCCAGAGAGUCUCCUUAUCUUCCCCUGCCAGUGGAACUACAGACCUGACCACUGCAUGUAUGGGAGUAACUGUAAAGGUGCUGAGGAGGAAGGGGUGUCCAUCCUCCACGGCAACCGUGGAGUUUAUCAUGACGACAAGCAGCCUGCAUUUAAAGUAGUCUAUGAUGCAAUACAUGAUUUCGCCUUCGAGGACAACAUGUUCCAGUCGCUCUUCUAUCCCAUCCAGAGCAAGUUCCUGGACACGGUCAACACUCUGUGCGGUCGGAUUCCCCAGGUCUUCCUCAAGCAAAUAGAAAAGACAAUGAGGAAGGUGUUUGAGGAGAAAGUGGUGCACCAUGUCAGACCAAGAUAAAUGACUGGGGAGGAGAACUGGAGUUCCAGUGGAUUAUGAGUGGCGCCGGGACAUUUUGGAUCAAACUGGAGGCUCUGCGUUGGUAGUGCUGGACGCUUUUGGACGUCCUGGAAUGAGCAUUUUUACAAGACGACAGACUGUGAUGAUUUGGUGGAAUGAACUGACAAUGCCUUGCAAAAGUAUUUACACCCUUAAACUUUUUUACAUUUUGCCACAUUACAAACAUAAUUUUAAUGUGUUGAAUUGGGAUGGACCAACACAAAGUAGCGCAUGAUAGUGAAGUGACCCAGUUUGUACUUUGUACAACUAACUUUUUGCCCAUUCUUUAAGUCUCACCACUGAUUCUCAAUUGGAUUUAGGUAUGAACUUUGACUGGGCCAUUUAAACAAAUGCAUACACUUUGAUUUAAACCAUUCCACUGUAGCUCUGGCUGUAUGUUUAGGUCAAAGUUUAGGGCAAAGGUCUGCAACCUUUAUUUCAAACAGCCGAUUGUAUCCUUUUCUCCUCUAGAAUAUUACAUGUUUGGAGCCACAAACCUACCUUUUGAAAUGGUAUAUUGAAUUUUUUCUAACAAAGAAUCUGGCAAGUCACAUUUGGUAAAAAUGAGUAAAAGAGAAAAUGUAUAAAGGAACAAGUAUCUUUAUAUAUAAUGGUUUCAUUAGUAACACAGCUAUAAUUCCUGAUAAUUUUGUUGAAGAAUAUAAAGAGUGUAUGAAAUAGUUCAGGUAGUGUGAAUAUUUAUGCAAGGCACUACGUGUAUACAAAUGGAGUGUUGAUCACUGAUGCAACAGAAUAUGUUCGUUUUUUUCAUCGUACAGUUCUGCAGUUAAGAUAACACAUGGCGCAAAAACAAGAAUGUAUGACUUAUUCUGUCCUUGGUAAAAAAUAAAAUAAAAAUGAAGGUAGCACCUGAUCACAAGUGGCAAACAUUAUUUUUAGGUAUAUCUUUUUCCAUUUUGCAUUGUACAAAUGGAUAUUUCUUUUUUUUUUUUCAGGCAAAUUCAAUACUAAAACAGUGGUUCCAGAAAACGCCUCUCCUGAACGACUGAAAAUAUGAACGUUUUAGCAGCAAUUUGAAAUGUUAGCCUGUGGGAAUGAGAAGAAUCCAAAGGUUUUACGUCUGUUCUGUAGUUGCCAGAUGCCACUAUCAGUAUUGAGUACAGCACAACAAAUGAAAUAUUCUUUUUCAUGUGGAAUACAGAUUAUGAUGCACUUUGUGAUGUUAGGACAGGCUGUGUUGUCUUUUUACAAUUGUUUUUAUGUGAAUGUUCAUAUUUUAAGCACUUUUGCCUUUUGCUUGACUAAGUCAGACCAAAUGCGCAAGGAUUUUUUUAAGGGUGAUUUGGUAUGGUUGAUAUUGUGCCAUCUUAAUAUUAUUCUGUGCGAUGUUUACUAUCAGAAGAUAUUGAGUGAUAUAGAAGUGUGUGUGUGUGUGUGUGUGUGUUUGAAAGAGCAUCAGCAUGAGUGUCUGUUGUGUGUUAGUGUUUUUUUAUGUGUUUUAAUGGUGUAAUUGUAUCACAUAUCUCAACUUGAAAACUUAAAAUGACAGUACAGUCUACAUGUUUCUAAAUAAAACAAUACAAUGUUUUGAAGCUACUUCAGCUUAAUUUUUACAUACACUUUAUGCAUUCAAGCCAAAUGCCUUCAAUGGAACAAAUGUGGUCAAGAGAUACAAUAAACAUAUUGUUAAAAAAUA